AGGUGUUGAACAAAUUAAAAAUACAUAGCUAGUGAUUUCUUUCGAUUUUUUGAAAGUUUAAUCUGUAUUUUUAAUUAUUUGAACUUGGAAAAAAAUAAUAAUGAGUGAUGCUGAUUGCGUUAAAGUAGCACUGCGGAUUCGUCCAUUGGUUAAAACAGAAAUUGAUAAAGGUUGCCAAGAAAUUGUGAGUAAGAUAAAUGGAGAAUCACAAGUUUUUGUUAAAAAUCACGAUUCAUACACUUUUAAUUAUGUAUUUGGAAAAAAUGAGUCUCAAAUAAUCGUGUAUGAAGAAGCUGUGAAAUCUAUGAUAUCAAAGCUUUUUAAAGGCUACAAUGUUACUAUAUUAGCUUAUGGUCAAACAGGCUCAGGGAAAACUCAUACCAUGGGUACUUCGUUCGAUGGGGAAAAAAGUUUUGACAUGGGCGUUAUACCAAGGUCCAUAUACGAUAUAUUUAACAAAAUAUCUGAAUUUUCUAAAGAAUACGAUAUCUCAGUAACUUGUUCGUUUAUGGAACUCUAUCAGGAAACUUUAUACGAUUUGCUUUCGAAUUCGACAAGAGAUCAAAGUUCAGUAGAUAUUAGAGAAGAUACAAAUAAAGGUAUUAUUAUUCCAGGUUUAACCGAAGUACCCAUUUCAUCUGCGAAUGAAGCUAUUGAUUGUCUAAUUAAGGGAUCAUCUGGACGUGCUGUUGGAGCUACUGCUAUGAAUGAGCAAUCAAGCAGAUCACAUGCCAUAUUUACCAUAAAUGUAAAUAUGAAAAAAGAUGAAAUUACCUCAAUGACUACGUCGAAAUUUAACUUAGUUGAUUUAGCAGGAUCAGAAAGGUCAAAAAAAACUAAAGCAACCGGUGAUAGAUUUAAAGAAGGCGUUAACAUAAAUAAAGGUCUCUUGGCAUUAGGGAAUGUUAUAUCGGCACUUGGAAGUGGUCAAAAUUCAUAUGUUUGCUACAGAGAUUCAAAGUUAACGAGAUUGUUACAAGAUUCUUUAGGAGGAAACUCUAUAACGCUAAUGAUAGCUUGUAUUAGCCCGGCUGAUUAUAAUUUAGAUGAAACGAUAAGUACCUUACGAUACGCUGACAGAGCAAGAAAAAUUAAAAACAAACCAAUUGUCAAUCAAGAUCCUCAGCAUGCAGAAAUAAAUAAACUAAACAACAUAAUUCAAAAUCUGCGUCUACAACUUUUAGGAAAACAGGAUUUUUUAUUAGCAAAUUCUGAAAAUACUGGAAGCGAAGUAUCGGAAGAUAUAUUAGCUCUCAAAAAGAAGAACAAUGAAUUGGUUGAAAUAAAUCAAAAAUUGCGGCAACAAUUACAAACUACUUUAAACGAUGUUACAGAGAUUGAAACUAGGGCUAGCAUUGCAGAAGAAACUAAUGAUAAACUUUUGAUAAAGUUUAAUGAACUCAAAAAAAUUCUUUUAGAGCAGAAAAAUGGUGAUCAACUAGUUAAUGUUGAAAUUUUCGCCAAAAUUGAAGAAUUAGACCAAAUUUUCAAACAAAAUCAAGAGGAACUUAUGAGUCAAAAGUCUGAAAAUCACAGUAUUAAUGACGUAACAUUUUGUGUUGGUUAUGAAGAUGCUCAACAUAGUUAUGAUCGUUUUACAACAAAGCAACUUGAAAUCAAUGACGAACUUCGAAAAAUAAAUCGAGAAUUAGCAAUUAAAGAGUCUUACCAUCAAAAAGUUGCAAUUAAUUUAACAAAAUUUUGUGAUUAUGAAGGAGGAAACGAAAAUUUAAUAAAGGAAACCGAAAAUAAAAUACAAAUUCUUGAAGCUGAGAAGAAUGAUCUUGUAGAGAAAUUAAAAUCUGUAAAAGAAAAUGUAACCGCGAAAAUAUCAGAGGAAAGACGGAAGCGAUUGUAUCGUUUGGAACAGGAAAUAAUUGAAUUGAAAAAGAAAAUAACACAACAGGAUAGAAUUUUGAAGGUUCGCGAAAAAGAAACUUUGAAAAUUGCAAGCUUGAAUAAUGAGAUUCAACAAAUGAAGGCUGCUAAAGUUAACUUAAUCAAAGCUAUGAGAAAAGAAGCUGAAUCUUUUAGACAAUGGAAAUUAAAUAGAGAAAAGCAACUUACUCAAUUAAAAGAAAAGGACUGCAAAAGACGUAAUGAAAUGGCCCGUAUGGAGGCCUUACAUAAUAAACAGAAAAAUGUAUUAAAGCGUAAAGUUGAAGAAGCUAUGGCAAUCAAUAAAAGACUAAAAGAUGUUUUGGACAAGCAAAAACAGGUUCAGCUUAAACGUCACGCAACAACUAAUGGCCAAUCUGGAAAAAUGGAUCAAAUAUUGACUUUAAUUGACCACGAACUUGAGCUAAUUUUAUCUGUUGUCGAUGCUCAAAUUUCUUUAGACCAACUAAUGGAAGAUCGAGCUGCGGUAAAUCAGCGUUUAAAGGAAAUAAAAAUUGAAAAUCCAGAUAACAAGAAAGAAAUUAGAGGUAUAGAAGACGAUUUAGCUUUGAGAAAUGCUCAAAUUGAAGAUAUGCAGCAGAAAAUUAUAUCUUCAGACUUAACAAGUAAAAUAAAAGUAAUUUGUGAAGGACUAUCCAGUUUAACGGAAGCAAGAGGUGCUUUAAAACACUUAUUUAAUGUACUCAUAGAAUUAAGAAAAGAAUGCGCUCUUAAAAGUAACAAAAUAGAAGAAUACAAAUCGGCAUACGAAAUGACGGAAGAAAAAAUUAGUGAAUUAAAAAGAACUGUUGAAGAAAACGAGAACAAGUACCGGAAAGAAAUUUCGAAUGCCGAAAAAUGUUAUGAAGAAAAAAUAGCAGUUUUGUUACGUGAAUUAAGUAAAGUGCCAAAUGAAUUAGAGAACCAAAAUGAUUCCGCAACCAAUGAAAGAUUAAAAAUUCAAGAGGAAACUUUAGAUAAAAUCGAUGUUUUGAGAUGGGAAUUAGAAAACUAUAAAAUGAAAUGUAACGAAUACGAAAAAUUGCUGCAAGCUCAAAAGCAAAAAAAUUUGAACCAGUUAAAACCUAAUAAAAUAAAAAUAGAGGACAAUGAAAUCAUUACUGAUGAAUAUAUUCUUCUAGAUGAUAGUUUGGCUGAUGAAGAAUAUCACGAAGAUAGUUUUUCUCAUGACCCUGAUUGGAGAAGAACUCCAAUGUUCAAAAAAUCAAAACGUGCUGUGUCUUUAAAAAAAAGUAGUAUAAGUCAAGAGAUGAUUGCGGGGAUUAAAAGAAAUUCCGAUGGAAUGGUAAAAUGUGGGUGUAAGACAAACUGUAGCACAAAACGUUGCGGUUGUCGAAACAAUGAGGCUGAGUGCACAGAGCGCUGCUCCUGCAGUUUAGAAUUGUGCAGAAAUAAAAGUAUAGUAAAUGGAAAUGAUGCAGAUGCAGGAUCGGUGGAUAUUACAGCUACUGACAGUAUUUUUAAAAAAGAGAAAGAAAACAUAGAUUCAAAUAGAGGAUCAUGCAAAAGUAACAUUUCAAAUUCAUCGAUCGAUUUAUUCGAAAAUACAGCGUUAAAUACACCGAAAAAAAUAAAGUGUACGCUUGGAACAGAAGAAAAUAAAAAUGAUGUUACCACCCCAAAGUACCCAUUUGAAUCGAAGAAGAGGCCUUCGUAUUAUCAAUGAAGAAUCUUUUAAAAGACAUAAAUUAUGUUAUUUUACGUGAUUUAUUUAUUUAGUUACGAUUAAAUAGUAGAAAGUUUGUAAAAACUCUUAAAUGUUUGUAA